UGGCCUACCUUUGUUUUGGUUUUGAUGGAUGGGUCCCCCGGCGAGUGAAGGCAGUCUCGUGCAGGCUGUGGACCAAUCAGGGCGGCUCUCACCGCAGCGGAGGGACAACAGUUCAGUGAGAGAUGGCGCCCAGCUCGAAAUCAGAAAAGGACGACGGCAAACAGAAAGCUCAAAGAAAACACAAGGACCAUGUCGUGAAGCUUCUCAUGCGAGGGAAGUUGUCAGGACAGUUUUCUCAGCGCCUGUUCAGGAAGCUCCCACCUCGAGUGUGUGUCCCUUUGAAAAACAUUGUCAGCGAGGAGUUCCUGAGAGCAGGACAUAUAUUUCUUGGCUUCACCAAAUGUGGCCGCUACGUUCUGUCCUACACCAGUGACUGUGGAGAAGAUGAUGAUUUCUCUUUCUAUACCUACCAUCUCUAUUGGUGGGAGUUCAAUCUGCACAGUAGACUCAAACAGGUCCAUCACGUGCGUCUGUUUGCAGGGGAGGAAAUCUACAGUGACCUGUACUUGACUGUGUGUGAGUGGCCAAAUGACCACUCCAAAAUUGUCAUCUUUGGCUUCAACACACGCAGUUCAAGCUCUGUUUUGAUGAACCUGAUGAUGAGUGAUGAGAACAACAGAGAUAUCUACAUCACCAUUGCCUCCAUGCCUCCUCCUAAACCUUGCUCUUACUGCUGCCCAGUUCCCUCGGCCACCACCAUACGCACAGGGAGUGGUGAGUGUCUCGAGCAUGGUUAUGUGCUGAACAGCAGGUACCAGGUGGUGUAUCCGUUCCCCACUUUCCAGCCAGCUUUCCAGCUGAAGAAGGACCAGGUGAUCCUGUUAAACACUAGCUACUCUCUGGUGGCCUGUGGCAUCUCACUCUGCUCAGGUAAGCAGGGUCAGUCGUCACAGAUCCUCUACACAAAGAGGGCGGCUUUGUCUAGUCAAGCGCCCGUGUCUCUUUCCUCCUCCUCGGUUUCUUCUUCGUCACUACCUCAGGGAUCUCCUGAAAGCCGACUGCCUCCUAGCAGACCCGCUCCGAUCCCCUCGUCUCCUAGCCAGUCUCAGGCGGCCGUCAGAGCCCGGGAGUUUGCAGCUGACCUCUUUAGGCGGGCCCAGGGAGGAGGAGGAGGAGGGAAAGAAACUGAGGGCCAGCAAGAGAGGCGAACAGCUGAUGGUGGUGAAAAAGAGGCAGCGCAGAUACCAGGAGACAAAGGGACACAUGUAGAGAGGAGGAGAGAGGAGGAGGAUUGUAGAGAGAGGAGGGAGGAGGAGAGACGGACUAGUUUACCACAAGCGUCGACAUCAGCUGUGCGCCACAGUUUGCAUCAGUGCCCGGAACAAGUGAUGUCUCCUGCAUCCUCUUCAUCAUCACCUUCGUCCCCUCCGACCCCGUCCUCAUCCCAGGAGGUCAACCCCAGCGAGCCUGGAUAUGUGAACUAUUCACACCUGCAUUACCGCCUCCAACAGCCAGGGACAGCUGAGCAGAAUACAGGAGGUUAUGAAGAUGAUAAGGUCCAGUUACCCUUCACAGUCACAGAUCUGAAAGGGCGGAACCUGCAGCUGGUCACUGGACCACACAAUGGACAGAGCGUAUGUGUUGAGCAGUUGACUCUAGACUUUGAGUAUCUUAUCAAUGAGGUGAUCAGGAGCGAUGCUGCCUGGGCCACUCAGUUCUGCUCCUUCAGUGACUAUGAUGUUGUGAUACUAGAGGUGUGUCCAGAGACCAACACUGUGAUGAUCAACAUUGGUCUGCUGUUACUGGCGUUCUCCAACUCAGAUGAGGAGCACUGCAGACCAAACACCUACCAUUCCAACCUGCAGGUUAGCUGGGAUUUAAACACAGGUGUGUGUUGCACUGUGGGUGUUGGUGACCUUACAGAGGUUAAAGGUCAGACCAGUGGGAGUGUGUGGAGUUCUUACAGGAAGUCCUGUGUGAACACGGUGAUGAAGUGGCUGGUUCCCGAGAGCAGCUCCCGCUACAUCAACCGCAUGACCAACGAAGCUCUGCACAAAGGCUCAUCUCUGCAAGUGUUGGCAGAUAGUGACCGAUGUACCUGGAUUGUAUUAUGAAGAAAGAAGAGGGCCACGAGUGUCAAAGCAACAGAAGCAAAAGCGCACACAUGCACAUCGACAUGGCCUGAUCUUCAGUAUGGAGCCCGACGGUAAUCUGAGUAAAGGUGCUCGUUCGGUGACUGCUCUUUGGUAAUAUGUAGUUAAAACGUGUCAAAAUGAAACCGAACCAAGAACGCUCCACAUGAAAUACUGCAGAGAUGAAGUGUUUUAGGUGAUCUGUGUUUAAAUGUGCAGGUUUCAUCUUCUUUUUUUUCCCUGUAAUUGUGUACUGUAUUAUUGCAGCCACCAAAACCAAGAGCUGGACUGAACAAAGUUUGAGUUUUUACUUUUUGUUUUUAUACAUAAAGGUGAACCGUUAUUGUGGUAUGAAUGGUUUUUUUGUGUGUCUGUAAAUGAACGUAUGCAUUAUCUGCACCUGUGUGAGGCCGACAAGGUGAUUUCAUCUAAAGAAUAAGUGUGUGUCUGUGUGUAUGAGUGUGUGCAUAUUUAGUGUUCAUGUAACAUCUGACGGAUUCUGCUGCUUCUGAACAAGUUGUUUCCUCAUCUGGCCUGGACCAGUUCAGUCUAGCUGUGUUCAUUCAUCAGGCUGCAGUAUUUAAAAUGACACAAAGAGAAACCAGUUCUGCAUCACUAGACUCGACUUCUAGCGUCUUUUUUUUUUUUUUUUCUUAAACGUCAUGGAAGUAGAGGGUUGUUGGGAGUCACCCGCUCAGCUGGUUGACAUGAUGCUGUGUGUUUACUGGCAUGGAAGUGAGACUAUUUUCAGUUGGGAUAUUUUGUUAAAAUAAAAUGUUCAAAAGA